AUGAGUGACAGUUUUGGAAUCGUCUUCCCAAGCCAUUCGCUGGCCUGCUAUCAUGAGCCGCGCAUUCAUGAUCAUGAGCUCUAUUUCCUGCUACGCGAUCUCAAUGUCUACUUCCUUUUGCCGAUUGCUUUUGCUGGAAUUGUGCUCAACACAUGCGCAAUGAUAUUCCUUUAUCGACCUCCAAAAAUCACAUCCGGGGUUUUUGUCUAUCUCAAAGCGCUGCUCCUCCUCGAUCAUAUAAUGCUAUUAACAACAUUGGGAGCCGAGUUUUUUCCUCAACUCUGCGAUGAUCAUCACAUGAAAAACCAUACAUUCUACCACAUUUGUAUGUUGGAAAGAAGAUUUUUGAAGCACACGUUGCCAAGAGUUGAAGUUACUAUAAAUAGUAUUCAUGUCUGGACAAUUGCCACUCUUUCGGCUCAUCGAUAUUGGAAGAUUUCACGUCCCGUUAUUUCUCGCCUGCGCGACACUGUAAGUAGAGCGCACACGGUGCUCAUCGCAAUGACCGCUUCGGUGCUCAUUUUCCGCGCUCCAAUAUUUCUGCUAGAGCUCGAGAUUCGCAACCAUCCACAAUUGCGAAUCAACAAGCGGAUUGCUGCCACAGAGGUCCUUUCGUCAUAUCGAUUUAUCUAUCAUACUAUCCUGGAUCCCCUUCUCAGCAAUAUUAUCCCCUUUGGAUGGAUGUGUGUGUUCAGCCUGCUUACAUUAUACGAGAUUUACAAGAGCCGACAUAACACUUAUCAGCACAUUGCUGUCGAUCGUCCAAGGACUUCCAGUGUGACGCAUCCACUCGCUGGAUGUUUCCCAAAGAAGGCGGAACUGGUCAGACAGAAGCAAGAAUUAAGAGCGACCAUUUCAAUUGUACUUAUCAUUUUAAUCUAUCUGAUCUUUCAUUCGUUGAAACUUUACACGCUGGGAAGGAAAUGGCAGCUUAUAAUUGAACGACAAUGUCCAACAAGAAAGGACUACUACCAAUCCCAUCUCUCUGAUGUUCUCAGCAUGACGUCGGCUUCUAUUAACGCCUUUAAGUUUGACGACGACAAGAAAUUCGAUUACGGCUUCGAUAAGAAGUUGAAGGACGGCAAGAAAUUCGACUACGGCUUCGAUAAGAAGUAUAUGGACGACAAGAAAUUCGACUUUGGAUUUGAUAAAAAGAAGCUCAAUGAUUACUUCGAUGAUGAUUUGGAUGAGAAGUUCUUCAAUCAUAAGCAUUUUCAUCACAAAUACAUGAAAUGGACCAAGCAUGACAUGAAGGACGAGAAGUACUACAAGCUUCACUGUUAA